CUGUUACAAUCAUUAAGGCCCCCAAAUUAUGAAUGCUAGUAUCCACUGUCCUUUAAGCUUCUAUAACAGCUUUAUCUUUGAUUUUCUAAGGCAAACUGUACUAUGAAAGGUGGUAAACUCUGCUUAUCUGCCUUCCCAAGAACUAUAAAGUGCAGGAGCAUAGUGUGUUGGCAUCAAUCAUAACAUAUACUCUGUAGUACUAAUGAUCUCUUUGGUACUGUAAUAUGAUUCCUGAAUAGCUAUGCUAGGAUUUUGAUUAAUUGUUCACCACUGUCUAAAUUUCAUGAAAAAAAGAGGGCUUCCUUCCACUUCAACAGAUUUUGGUUUUGCACUUCUCUGGAAAAGUCUGGUCCAGUUGGAAUUGGAAAAGUCCUAGUGUGCUUUAGGUCUUGUAUGAGAACUGAGAAGAUCAUUUGAGUCCUCUCUUGAUUGGCACAUAGAACACAUUGAACUAAUUGUAUCUAUACUUAUUUGAUGUAUUUCCGCUUGACUUUGGUCAGGCAUCUUAUUCCAAGUAAUCCGAGUAUCUGACCAUAGACAUCCUUAUCCUUCUCCCAGUAUAUGAAGAACCAGAAAACGUGCUUCAACCUUUAAGGCAAGCUUUGGAAGAUUUGGAACAUCUAGAGAUGGUUUCUUAAUCCUUACAGUCGCGUAUUUAUGGCUUAAGCUCUGCAAAUUAUGCAACAAAUAUUGGCACCAUAUCAUCAAAAUAAUCAUUGGAUACUCAUCGUGAUUAGCCCACCUUCUAAAACGGUGUAUGUGUUUGAUCCUUUGAAAAGUGUGGAUCGCAACCUUGCUGUCAAAGUUUUUGUGAAUAUGGCAUUUCGAUCUGUUCCUGGACGAGGAAUUAGAACGGUUGAUUGGAAAAAAUGCAGAUGUCCACAACAACCAGGAGGUUCUGAAUGUGGAUAUUACAUACUGCGAUACAUGUUUGAAAUCGUUAGUAAGCAUUCAGAGCUUCAUUGUCUAGAAGAGAUAUUUGAACAGCCCACCUACUCCAUAGAUGAAAUAGAUGACAUUCGCGAGUUGUGGGCACAAUACUUUGUAGAUCAGUGCUUGUAACUUUAGUUGGU